GGCGCUCGUUCCUAUUAGUCCAGCAACAUACCUUCACGUCUCAAAAUGUCGUGACAGCGUUUCAUAAUCGUGUUUUGCUCUUUACAUUUCAAAAACAUGAUGAGGAUUUUAAAUCAUAUUCAAUUACGGUUUGUCUUAUUUUUUUUGCUGCAUCAUGCGGAUGUUUUCAGGUUUUCGUCUGGUCAAGAAUAUGAUGACUCACUGGAGCUCAUUUUGUCAGAGGACACUUUGUCUGACUUGGAGAACAGCCCAAAGUUUGUAGAGUCCGGAGAUCUGGACUCUCUGCCGAAGAGGCAGUUCAAGACAGCUGAGAUCGCAGAUGCUGUGAUGGGCACUGAAACUCCCAUCGAUCCAUCUGACAUCGAGUCUCUCUUCCCCAAAAAUGUGAAAGACUUUCAGUCAGGCUUCUCCCCGCCCUGUGAUGACAGCAGUGCCCAGUGUAGUUCACCGGCUCCAGCUGAGAAUGGCGGCUCACAGGAGGAGGAUGCUGAAUCAUCACAGCAGCUCACGCUUGACAUUGUGCGUGCGGAGGUCAUAACGGUUGAGGAGCACAACACCACGGAGACCGCCAAGACGUACAAAGUCAACUGUGAUAGACGGAACAUCACAGGAAUGGAGAACUUCACUGUGCAGGUCCUCAAUGCCUCACAGGAUCUAAUGGAGUUCCUCAAUGCUAACAGCACAGAGUGCUCUGUGGUGCUGUUCUUCACCGCCUGGUGCCAGUUCUCAGCCAACCUGGCACCUCACUUCAACGCCCUUCCCCGGGUUUUUCCCAGCAUGCAUUUCUUGGCACUGGAUGCCUCACAGCACAGCAGCCUCUCCACGAGGUUUGGGACUGUGGCAGUGCCCAACAUCCUGCUGUUCCAAGGGGCAAAACCGAUGGCUCGUUUCAACCACACUGACAGAACGCUGGAUACGCUCACAUCUUUUCUUGUUAACCAGACAGGUUUUGAAGCCGGCCCUGAUAGAAAUGUGACAGACGUAGACCGCCUCGGUCCCCUCCCUAGCGUUCCCGUGAGGAGCAUCGACUGGCUGCUGGUCUUCUCCAUCCUCUUCAUCACAAGCUUCACUCUGUACGCCAUCCUGCGGACCGACAGCAUACGCUGGCUCAUACCCGGACAAGAGCACGAGCAUCAAGACUGAAACCUCACAGACUGUUCGUCAAGAAUGAUGUAAAGAAUUGUUCGCUAAACAGUUUAGUUUAUUAAAAUGGCUAAUGUGCUCAUGUUUUAAGUGUUUGAGUGAAAUAAAAACAUUUGAGCUCUUGCAGUUUAGAAUAAAGAUUUGCAUUAAAAGUAACAUUUUGAGGCUGUGUGCGAGAA